AUGCUACUUUUCCUAACGCUCAUCAUCUUCCACCAACUCCAUGAAGGCGAGUCGCAACAAAUGACUAGUCCAGUGACGGAGUCGAUUCGCACGAUGGUCGUCCAUAUGCAUAAUUACCGCAGGUCGAGGCUUGCUCAAGGACUAGUGCCGAAUGGUAGGACGGGCAUGCGUGCCCCUGCUGGAUCGAAUAUUUAUAAAAUGGCAAUUAAGCAGUUUUGGAGUGAAAUCUAUACGUACAGUAUCAACAAAAGGAUGAUAUUCACUUACACUCUUCAAAAUAGAGGAGCUACGGCACCGCUCAGAUUCACUCAAAUGGCGUGGGCUUCCACUUACGAGGUUGGCUGUGGAGUUCAAUUAUGUGCUACGAUGAGCACUUAUAAUGUUGUGUGCCGCUACAGUCCAAGAGCCGGGCACAGACAUGCCCGUCCUACCAAUUUCGGCAACUAA